GCGCCUGGUGUCUUGUGUUGCGCCUGCCCGCGACGUCACUGCCGCGCGCGCGGGCGGUUGGGGCGGCGGCCGCCAUGGCCAUCUGUCAGUUCUUCCUGCAGGGCCGCUGCCGCUUCGGCGACAGGUGCUGGAACGAGCAUCCCCGCGGCGGCGGCGGGCGCUCCGGGCCCCCUGCGCCGCCCUCCCAAGGUGCCACUAGAGGAGGAGGAGGCUGGAGUGCAAGUAACCAGAGAUACACUAAUGUUAUCCAACCCUCCACCUUUAAGUCCAGUACAUGGGGUGGCAGCAAAGAUCAUGGAAGAGGAUUUUUUGGAUCGUCUGACUUCGGAUCAUUGGGCAGUGGCAGUAGGAAUGCAGACUUUUCACAGAACAGAUUCUCUGCAUUAAUGACCAGUCAAAAUACUGAUGAUGGCUACAAAGAUGAAGAGGAGAAACUUCUUGAAGGCAUAGUGAAAGACAUGGAAAUUUGGGAAUCUUCAGGACAAUGGAUGUUUUCAUCUUACUCACCUAUGAAAGAAAAGUCUAACAUCUCAGGUUUUCCAGAUUUCUCACCAGAAGAGUUGCAUCUGGAGUAUUAUAACUGCAGAGCAAACAAUAAUAUUCAGAACUACAUAAAUUCUGUCCAACAGUUAGUGAAACAAUGGAAAAAUAGACUGCUUGAGUUAAAAACUUUAAAUGUAUCAACAAGAGCAGCACUGCUAUCUGAGUUGAAGAAUGCGGUCAGACAACCAUUGCCUUCAUUUGGAUUUGGAGGACAGCAAACAUCAAGCUUUGGGUUGUCAAGCUUUCCUGUGAACAGCAGCAGUAACAGUGCUAGCAAUUUCUCCUUUAAAACAACUUCCAGUCUUGUCAGUGCAUCAUCUGGAAACACCUGUGCUUUUGGGAGCUCUUCUGCUGGCCGUGAUCCUCCUGCGUUUGGUGUGACAUCGUCCCCUAGCCUACCCCGUUCUGUUGGUUUUGGCGGUCAGUCAGCUCCAUCUGCAGCCUCCUUCUCAUUUAAAACUUCUGAAACAACUAGCGUUUUUGGAACUUCUGGGUUUUCAGGGUUUGGCAAUUCUUCUGCUGUGAACUCUUCAAGCGCCACCCCACUUACAGCCUUCGGAGCUUUUAAUGCAGCAGUAGCGGCUUCUCCUUCACGUUCAAGCAGUACUUUAUUUGGACAGACUACCAGUGCUCCUGGACAUAAUGUAACAUCAGCACCUUCUGCAGUCACAAACAAUAUUACAUCAGAAAAGUUAUUUACACCGAAGAUGGAACUAUCAGCUGAAGAGUUGAAACAAUUUGAAGCAAAAAAGUUCACAAUGGGAAAGAUUCCCCUCAAGCCACCACCACUAGAACUUUUAAAUGUUUAAGAUUCGUAUAUUUAUUCUGAAAUUAGGAAAUAUUUUUACAUUUUUUUGUAAUUGUUCUAUGACACCUUAAAUACACAAUUUGGGGGUUAAGUAAUGAACUAAAAUGCUUCCUUGUGAGUUAAAUUUUCAUUUCCUAAGUUUUCUGUGGUAAUAAAUACAGAGAUAAAAAUAUUUCAACAUUGUAUUUAACUAUUUCUUGUUUGUUUCAGAAUGGACCUUUUAAAUCCAAGAAAUGCACUAUUGAAAAUAAAAUAUAUAGUAAAAGUUCCCUUUUUAUACUCUGUACUGUGAAAUUAUGGGCAAAAAGAAUCUGGAAACAAGAGCCUUUUAUCAGAGGUAGGAACACUUUCGUUAUGUAUUCACAGCCUACUGAUCUAGAAGGAAAUGGAUACAAUGUAAAACUGCUUGGUUUUGGACCACCUUACCUUAUGUCUCUUACUAAGUAGUUUCAUGCAGCCUUUGACAAGGGUGUCAGCAGACACAGCAGACUGUUGUGUGGUCUGCACCUAGUUAUGUGCUUCUGCGACCCUGGAAUCAGUUACCUUUCCCAGUUGAUACAGUUCAGCUUUUGUUUGCUCUGCUUCAGGCUAUGAUGCAUACAUUAAUAUAAUACAGUUGGGGGGGGGCAGUCUUAAAAGCAUUCACCUAGCAAGAAACUUGCAGUUUCCUGUUUUGACACCUAUUAGUUAAGUAGUUUUGCAAUUAAUUGCUUACGAAGUUUUACAACAUUUAUGUGAAUUGAUACAGUUUUGUUGUCUGGUUCUCAAAUCUGAUGGCUGUGUAUGUUAGCAAUAGCUUUGCUGAAUUAAUGAUAUUAAGGUAUAUAUUUUGCCAAGAUGCUAUAAGCAGCAAUCAGAAAUUUUCCAGAAUGAGGUACUGGACUCAGUGUGAUGAGAACAUUUAUUCUUGACCAGGCCCUCCCGUUGAUGGUUUUAAAUUACUGAACCUCACAUUUUAAGAGGAAAGCAAAAGCUUACUCCAGGGUAUACAUAAAUAGGUUGACUCUUUUUUUUGACUAGUUGAAGAUAACAUUUCAGUUCUUGCUAUGGACCUGUGGUCAUACCUAAAACCGAACCGUAAAUGUGCUUCCUAACAAAGGUCUAUCAUGUACUGGAAGAUGGCUUGCUUAAAUAGUGCAAAUGAAUUUAACAUUCAGGAUGUAAACUCAAGAUGACAGACAAUGGGCAGGCAUGCUGCAGGCUUAAUAGAAACUCAGAUGCCUUACAUCAUGUGCUCAACAUAUAUUCACCAGAAACUCAUGUAUAUUAUCUUAUAACGCUGGGUUGCUUGUAGGGAUUUUUCUGGUGGUUGUUUUGUAGAUGAAAUAAGACAUCUGUUUUUUGUUACUGUUACUGACCCGGUACAGGCUUUGUGUAACCCGCAAAAGAAAUACUGAUACACAGGCAUGGAGUUCUGUUUAAGUCUUUUGAAAUGUGUUUUCCCAACUGGGGACUCUGGAGUACUACUGAGACUUGUACAAAUUAAGACAUGUACAUGCUUAGGGCUCACUUAGCUCUGAAUUGUUUAUGCCAAUUACUCAAAUUCCAACACAGAGAAACUGAGGAACGUAGCAAAAUACGUUAUGCCACUGUAGUUCUAGAAAACCCAUGUCUUGACAGCAGUUGUUAAACUCAGUUUUGUAAAAUCUUACUAUUUAAAGCAAUAAAAAGUGUUCAUGGCUUGUCAAAUGAA